GGAUGGGUGAAGAGGAUGGGGGGUGUUUCUGACAAUGAGUUGAGCCUGUGACACCAUGAUGAACCCAUCCUCUGGAUGAGCCUGUGACACCAUGAUGAACCCGUCCUCUGCCGACUCAUCCCGGCAGCCAGACAGCAGCGGCCGGAAGCAGCAGCAGCAGCAGCAGCAGCAGCGCUCAUCCUCUCCGGCCGGUCCUAAAGAGGCCGGAUCCAAACCUGCCCAGAAAGGCAGCGGCUCCACAAAGCAAGCAAAGCAAGGAGGAGGAGGAGGAGGAGGUGGAGGAGGAGGGGGGAGAGUGAGCCGAGGUCAUUCCCCCGUCUCCUCCGGCUGCAGGGAGCGGCCGGCCGGCAGCGCUCCUGCAGCCAGAGGCGCGGCUGCUGUCCAGGCCGCCGGUGCUGAAAGCCCCACGCUCAGCAGAGGAGCCGUGCAUGCGCCCGACGACCCCUGCAGGGCAGAGCCCACCCGCGUGGUCUCCGACCAGCCCUGUGCAUCCAAAUCCCCCAAACUGAGGAGCAAAACCCCGAAAGGAGGCGAGGCCGCCUCGACUCCGAGCAGCAGCAGCAGCAGCGGCAGCAGCAGCAGCAAUAAGAAGAGCUCCAAUAAGAGCACGGUGGGAUGCGGACCCGGCUUCUGGAAGGAGGGAUGCUUGCAGUCCGAGCUCAUACAGUUUCACUUGAAUAAGAGCCUGGGGAAGAAAGGGACAAAGAUGCAGACGAAGUCGGCAUCCCCGCCGGCCUCGGAGCCGGAGCUGUCCCCGGAGCUGGACACUCAGCAGCCGCUGCAGCAGCCCCAGCCCGGGCUGCAGGACGAGCUGGAGAGGCUGGAGGACGAAAACGACGAUCUGAAGACGGAAAUUGAGGAGAUGCGGGCUGAGAUGGAUGAGAUGAGGGACACUUUCUACGAAGAGGAUGCCUGCCAGCUGCAGGACAUGCGCAGAGAGCUGGAGAGAGCCAACAAAAACUGCCGGAUUCUCCAAUACCGACUGAAGAAGGCUGAAAGAAAGAGGCAACGCUUCACAGAAACUGGCCAAGUAGAUGGGGAGCUGCUGAGAAGUCUGGAACAAGACCUUAAGGUGGCCAAGGAUGUGUCUGUCCGCUUGCACCAUGAGCUGGAGAGUGUGGAGGAGAAGAGGACAAAGACAGAGGAGGAGAAUGAGAAGCUGAGGCAGCAGCUGAUAGAGGUGGAGGUUACCAAACAGGCCCUGCAAAAUGAACUUGACAAAGCAAAAGAGCUCUCCCUGAAAAGAAAAGGAAGUAAGGAUGGACAGAGAGUAGAGCGAAGGAUGCCACAGACUCCAAUCGAGGAAGAAAAUGAGGAUCUGAAAUGCCAGCUCGCCUUCAUCAAGGAGGAAGCCACCUUGAUGAGGAAAAAGAUGGCAAAGAUCGACAAGGAGAAAGAUCGCCUUGAGCAGGAGCUGCAGAAGUACCGAUCCUUCUACGGGGACGUGGACAGCCCCCUGCCCAAAGGGGAGGCCGGAGGGCCGCCCACCACCCGCGAAUCUGAGCUCAAGCUCCGCUUACGCCUCGUGGAGGAAGAGGCAAAUAUCCUGGGGAGGAAGAUUGUGGAGCUGGAGGUGGAGAACAGGGGGCUGAAGGCUGAGCUGGAUGACAUGAGGGAGGACAGUCUGGCGGCGGCAGGACUGGACGGCUCGAGCACUGGAGGUCAGCAGAGCAGGGAGCAGGGCGAGGCCCUGUCUGAGCUCAGGCAGCAGCUUCAGCUGGUGGAAGACGAGGCUGAACUCCUCCGCAGGAAUUUAGCUGAUGUAGAAGAAGAAAACAAAAAGGUGACAAAUGAGCUCAAUAAGCUUAAGUACAAAGCUGGGUCACAUGAAGCUGGAUCCAGACAUGGAGGAGGAACAGAUCCCGCUAAAGUAGAGGCUCUUCAGGAGGAGCUGAAAGCAGCCCGUCUGCAGAUCAACGAGCUGAGUGGAAAAGUCAUGCAGCUCCAGUACGAGAACCGCGUGCUGCUGUCCAACAUGCAGCGCUACGACCUUGCCUCUCACCUGGGGAUCCGCGGCAGCCCCCGAGACAGUGAUGCGGAGAGCGAUGGGGGUCGGGACGACGACACGCCCUCAGCAUCAGCAUCCUCUCCCCGUCUCCUCCCGCCCCAUCGCAAGCGCGAGGGCCCCAUCGGGGGGGAGAGUGACUCGGAUGAGGUGAGAAACAUCCGCUGCCUCACCCCCACACGCGCCCUGUACUCACCGGUGGACAGCCGUUUUUUAUCCAGAAGCCUGAAGGACCGGCAACACAUGAUAGACAUCCGUAUGGAGGCAGAGAGGCUGGGCCGGACCAUCGACAGGCUCAUCGCUGACACCAGCACCAUCAUCGCCGAGGCAAGAGUAUACGUCACCAAUGGGGAGCUGUUUCGGCUAGAUGAAGAUGAAGAGAGUGGCAGGAUCAGAGAGCACGAGCUGCUGUAUCGUAUCACCGCACAGAUGAAAGCAUUCAGGAAGGAGCUGCAGAGCUUCAUAGACCGACUUGACGUCCCCAAGCAGGAGGAUAAACAGGCAGAGGAGCCCCUGUCUAUGUUUCAGCCCAUUAUUUUGCUGAUCCUCAUUCUUGUUCUGUUUUCGUCACUCUCUUACGCCACCAUUUUUAAAUUGGUAUUUCUUUUCACCCUUUUCUUUGUUCUGUAAAGCACACGCCUGCUAUCACAUUAUGCACAUUUCCAUUGUUUCUUUUUUUUCUUUAUUGGUUCAUUUCAAUUCUUUUAUGAACAACAUGCUGCAUAAGGUCACUCAAGGUACAGGACAUUCUCAUUUUCCAUGUAAGACUCAAGCCGCUCAUCUACUCGGAUCAUAUCAACAUUUAUUCGACACUAAUGAAACGUGGAGGCGACAGUGAAAUGAUAGGGAGGGGAGAACAGGAGGAUCCUGCUGGACCUGAAGACCGAUUUGGAGGAGGUGCAGGCGGAGGUGAAGAGAGAGGAGGAGAAGAGGAACGAGCUCCAGCUGCACUAUACGAGAGAUAAAUGUGCCUGGGAGGUG